GCCAAUGGGAGAGCUGAGGCGGGGAGGUGCGGCCAAUGGCGCGGUCCUGUUUGAUUCAAAGGUUGCCUAUAAAGUAGGCCCGCACGCCUGCUUUCGUCUGAGGUCUGUCGCGUCCGAACGCCGCUAUGGCUCUGCUUUCCGAGGGCCUGGACGAGCUGCCCAUCGCCUGCCUAUCGCCGUGCGGGCCGCCCAACCCGGCCGAGCUCUUCAGCGAGGAACGGCGCCUGGCUCUGGAGGAGCUGGUGGCCGGCGGCCCCGAAGCUUUGGCGGCCUUCCUGCGACGCGAGCGCCUGGCUCGCUUCUUGAACCCGGAUGAGGUGCAUGCCAUCCUGCGCGCGGCGGAGCCGCCGGGAGAGGAGGGUGUGGCGGCCGCGGCCGAGGACUCGUUCGGCUCCUCGCAUGACUGCUCGUCGGGCACCUACUUCCCCGAGCAGUCAGACCUGGAGCCGCCGCUGCUGGAGCUCGGCUGGCCGGCCUUCUACCAGGGCGCCUACCGCGGCGCCACGCGCGUCGAGGCGCACUUCCAGCCCCGCGGCGCAGGGGCGGGCGGCCCCUACGGCUGCAAGGACGCGCUGCGCCAGCAGCUCCGCUCUGCGCGAGAGGUGAUUGCAGUGGUAAUGGAUGUGUUCACAGACAUCGACAUCUUCAGAGACCUGCAAGAAAUAUGCAGGAAAAAGGGAGUCGCUGUGUAUAUCCUUCUGGACCAGGCUCUCCUCUCUCAAUUUUUGGAUAUGUGCAUAGAUCUGAAAGUUCAUCCUGAACAGGAAAAGCUUAUGACAGUUCGGACUAUCACAGGAAAUAUCUACUAUGCAAGGUCAGGAACUAAAAUUAUUGGGAAGGUUCAUGAAAAGUUCACAUUGAUUGAUGGCAUCCGUGUGGCAACAGGCUCCUACAGCUUUACAUGGACGGAUGGCAAAUUAAAUAGCAGUAACUUGGUAAUUCUGUCUGGCCAAGUGGUUGAACACUUUGAUCUGGAGUUCCGAAUCCUGUAUGCCCAAUCCAAGCCCAUCAGCCCCAAACUCCUGUCUCACUUCCAGAGCAGCAACAAAUUUGGUCACCUCACUGACCGAAAACCACAGUCCAAGGAGCUCACCCUGGGCAAUCUGCUGCGGAUGCGGCUGGCUAGGCUCUCAAGUACUCCCAGGAAGACGGACUUGGACCCAGAGAUGCCUGCAGAGGGCAAGGCAGAGCCCAAGCCCCAUGACCGUGAGUCCUCCACUGUUAGUGAGGAAGACUACUCCAACAGGGAUGAGCUCCAGAGCAGAAAGGCCACUGAUGCUGCCACUCAGACAGAGCCAGGAGAGGGGAUGCCAGGGCUGAGUGUGAGUGAGGUGGGAACACAAACCAGCAUCGCCACUGCCUGUGUUGGGACCCAGAAUGCAGUCGCCACCAGGGUAGCCUGCUCUCAAACCAUGAUUUGGUCCACGUCGACCACCACUCAGACUGACAUGGAUGAGAACAUUCUCUUUUCUCAAGGAACUCAAUCUGCAGAAGGGUCACCAGCCUCAAAAAUGUCUAUAUCAAGAUCUUCCAGUUUGAAGUCUUCCUCUUCCGUGUCUUCCCAAGGCUCUGUGGCAAGCUCCACUGGCUCUCCCACUUCUGUCAGAGCUACUGACUUCCACAAUCCUGUCUAUCCCAAGUACCUGGGCACCCCGCACCUGGAACUGUACUUGAGUGACUCAUUUAGAAACUUGAACAAAGAGCGGCAAUUCCACUUUGCUGGUAUCAGGUCCCGGCUCAACCGCAUGCUGGCUAUGCUCUCAAGGAGAACAUUCUUUACUGAAAACCACCUUGGCUUUCAUUCUGGCAAUUUCAACAGAGUUAAUUUGCUUGCUAUUAGAGAUGUAGCACUUUAUCCUUCCUAUCAGUAACUGCUCCGUGUUCAGACUUCUGGUUUCCUCCAGUCUCGCAGUGGACAUCAUCAGCUUCCUGCUUUGAAAAAUAUCUCACGCCCCUAAUUGCCUUUCUUUUACCUGACUUUGUUACCCUUGCUGUCUUUGAAUUUUUUUUUUCUACGUAGCAUUUGCUCCUGAAGCUGUCCUUGAAUUCUAUAGGCUGUAUAUUAUUUUACAUGCUUUGUUUUUGUCAUGUAU